AUGCUCUCUGAAAAUGUACAGGUAGGGAUCGCUGGAGUGAAGGCAGACACUGUGAUGAAGAAGACAAGGGUGAUCGAAGACCAGUGGGAGACGGUGUGGGAUGAGGAGUUCACGUUCCCUCUGAGGGUGCCGGAGCUGGCCCUCCUGAGGAUAGAGGUUCAGGAGUACGACAUGUCGGAGAAGCACGACUUUGGGGGGCAGACAUGCCUGCCGGUGUGGGAGCUGAAGCAGGGCAUCCGUGCUGUGCCCCUGCAUGACCGCAAGGGCAACAGUGCUUAUUACAGGGAAAUCAAGCUAGUAUGUAUGAGUUAG